GGACCCGGAAGGAGGCGCGGUACAAUAGAGCUGUUGUACCGUGGUGGUGGACAGACUGCGAGCCUGGAGAUUCCCACUGUGUGUGGUGGGAUACAAAACACUAAAUUUAACCAAAAGAUAGAAGCAGAGCCGCUGUUUUUUACUCGUAUAUGUCUGCACGGUGUGUCUGGUCGUGUAUGUGGCUGGAAUAAAGCGGAAAGCAGAGCGUGGACUGAAGAUCUGAAAUAAAGUGGUUAGUGGUUUGUCAGAAGAAUCUGCUAGCAUGCUUUUCAAUGUGAACUUUAUGGAUGUUACAGGAUGAAACGUCUCAGGUCCUCCAGCAGCAGUGACAGUUCUGACAAUGAGAGUCCUUCGACCUCCUUCUGCUCCUCUAACCAAUAUGGCAGCAAACCUGGAACCCCCGCCUCCAACCCAAAGAAACCGGCUGAAGUGUUUAGAAAAGACCUGAUCAGUGCCAUGAAGCUGCCGGACUCCCACCAUGUCCCCCCGGAGGACUACUACAUUCUGGCAGACACCUGGAGACAGGAGUGGGAGAAGGGAGUCCAGGUGCUAGCAAGUCCAGACACCAUCCCAGAGCCAUCAGUCAGAAUUAUUGCAGAGAAGUCCAAGGAAUUGCUUUACAGCCACCAGAGGAAGUACAUCCAGUGCUCGAGCCAGGAGUCAACAGAACCAGGUUAUGUCAACAUCAAAGAGCUGGCAGAGGCCAUGUGUCGCUACGAUCUGGACGACAUGGACCUCCACUGGCUGCAAGCACUCAACCGAGAGCUUGUCCGCAUGGGGGAGGAGCCCAUGGAUGAGCUGACAAUGGAGCGUGCCAUGGAGUCUCUGGAGAGGCAGUGCCAUGACAACAUGAACCACGCCAUCGAGACGGUGGAAGGUCUGGGGAUUGAAUACGACGAGGACGUUAUAUGCGACGUGUGCCGCUCCCCAGACAGCGAAGAAGGGAAUGACAUGGUGUUCUGUGACAAAUGCAACAUCUGUGUGCACCAGGCCUGUUAUGGCAUAGUCAAAGUGCCUGUUGGAAACUGGCUGUGUAGGACGUGUGUCCUCGGCAUCGAUCCGCAGUGCCUUCUGUGUCCCCAAAAGGGAGGUGCCAUGAAGGCCACACGUGCCGGCACCAAGUGGGCGCAUGUAAGCUGUGCCCUGUGGAUCCCAGAGGUGAGCAUCGCUUGUCCUGAGAGGAUGGAACCCAUCACCAAAGUCUCCCACAUCCCACCCAGUCGCUGGUCUCUCAUCUGCAGUCUGUGUAAACUGAAGACGGGCGCAUGUAUCCAGUGUUCGGUGAAAAACUGCACCACUCCCUUCCACGUGACAUGUGCCUUUGAGCACAGCCUGGAGAUGAAGACCAUCCUGGAUGAAGGGGAUGAGGUUAAGUUCAAGUCUUACUGCCUCAAGCACAGCAAGUCUAAAACGGGGGAUGCUGGCCUGAGCCCGGCUCGCUCUAAGCCCCCCGGUGAGGGGGGGAAGGUGGGCCAGCGGGCACAGAGACUGCAGGAGCUGGAAGAGGAGUUCUACACUCUGAUCCAGCUGGACGAGCUGGCCCAUGCCCUCGGGCUGUCUGUGCGGCUGGUCGACUACGUCUACCAGUACUGGAAGCUGAAGAGGAAAGCCAACUUCAACAGAGCUCUGCUGCCCCCUAAAGAGGAGGAGGAGAACAUGGUGCUGCAGCCUCAGGAGGACAGCAUCCACACACGCAUGCGGAUGUUCAUGCACCUACGGCAGGAUUUGGAGAGGGUGAGAAAUCUGUGCUACAUGGUGAGUCGGCGGGAGAAGCUGAAGGUGUUGCAGAAUAAAGCCCAGGAGCAGAUGUUCAACUUGCACGUGAAACUCAUGAACCAAGAACUGUCAGCUGGUCUUCCUGCCUCGUUCCCAGCGGAGAGCAUGCUGUUUCGGCCUCCUCCCAGGAUCACUCUGAAGCUAAAAAUGCCCAAAGCUUCGAGUCUCGGCAACGGACACCCCAGCUCCAAAUCCGGCAACGGGCCACUGUGCCCGGACAAUAGCGGCAAUGUUACAGAACACGCUGGAGAGGGGCUGGGCCUGGGGAAGCCUCAGCUGCACGGCCGCGGCCUGAGGGAGGAGCGCUCCAACGGCCGACUGUCUUCCUCGAGCCACGCGAGCGGCGCUGUGCUGCCCGCUAAACUGACUGGCAAACCUUUAGCGCUGCACGCUGCACUCCACGGACAUUCAUCCAACAGCAAUGGCAAAACGGACCCGGACCGCGCGUGUGCGGCCAAAUCGAACGGCCUCUUAGAGAAGUUCGUGGCUCAGAAGGACAGCUCUUGUCAGACGCCCAGUGGCCGGGACGCUUCCAAUGAGGCCUUGGACAAGAGCAGCUUUCGCAAGUCUGCCAUGGAGCACUUCGGCAGGUCUUUCAAGGAGGCAACCAUUAACUUGGUACGGACCACGGAGGACCUGCGGGCCUCUGACAAACUGUCCCGAAAGGGCUCGGGCAAGGAGAGGCUGUGGGCCAAACCUGUGUCUGAACAUAAAGUGAAGAACAUGCGAGCUUACCAGGACAGUGACGGAUACUGCCCCGACCUGGAGCUCAGCGACUCAGAGCCGGAGGCCAAAGGGAGGCACAGACAACAAGGGAAGAAGUCUCUGAGCUCCAGACACCCCGUGCAAAGGUGACGGCUGUUUGUUUGCUCUCCUGACCCUCUGCCGGUCAGGCCAUCUCUCUUUGAACACAUGUCUAUCAGGGACCAGACGUAGCCACGGGGCUCACGGUGCACUGACCACCAAGCAGAAGACACAGGAGCAGGGGAGGGAAGGUCGUCGCUCAGCAGCAUUUACCAAGAAGCGUAGCCCUGUGUCAGUUUUGGUUUGAGAACAAAUAUGUCCUCUGAGAUUAUCAUGCUUGCCUUUCAUUUGUGUCCGGAACAACAAUUGUACUUCACACUAUUUUGGAUGAAACACUCCAGUUCAAUUUGCCUUUUGACUAAACCUGCUGUACAUAAAACGUUCAAAUUGGGAUGUAAAUAAUGUCUAACUCAUUGAUACUUCAGUGGCCAGAGAUUGAAGCUGACAGACGGAAAUUGUUCAUGUAAUUGUCAAGUAGCGGAGUCCUUUUUGAAAACACGAAUGCCUUGUGUGUGUCGGAAUGCUUCACACCCUCCUUAGUACCUUUAGUUUUGAUGGUUACAGUACGUCACAUCCUGGCGAGACAAAACGCAGUGUAGUCUGUUACGUUUGUGUCUUAAACCGGGACUAAUGUAAGAACACAUAAUAACAUUCCUUGAUGCAUCCCUCAGUAGCGGGAACUGAAGCUGGAUGCGUAAAAGCAAAAAAAAAAACUGAGUUGUUUGGUUGUGGACCGUCGGUUUGCCUUUGAUUCUGGUCUUGGAUCAUCACACGGUCGCCUUCGUUGUCGCAGACGCUGAAUCGUGAAAACAAGCUGUGAAACAUUCAUGUUUGCAGUCUUUGCUGUUACUCGUGUCCCUGAUUUGAUAAUAAAGAACCGGGCGUGGAUGGUUCAUUUGGCUUGGAUUUUUUAUUUUUUUUAAUACAGAUCUCAUACUUUGAGUGGAACCUCUUUUUCUGUACGUAUUUUACCACAAAAUCAACUGAAGCUGGUGAUUCAUGGAGAAAAAAAACAAGCCUCAUCAUCACUAUAAAUAACUUUUACAAAUACACACUCCUUCAAACAGGUUUUCUGUUAUUAUAUUUAAAUUGUGGUAAAUAUGUCUUCAAACACAACAUACAAACGGUUUAUGAAUUGCAAUAACACUAAUAUGUUCAGAAAACAAACAGAAAACACCUGCAUGUGCAUUUUCACAUGUACACAUUUGUUUCUCAUUUGCAAAGUAGAUUUUUAAAUAAAUUGCCAAAAUCA